AGUCGCCUAUGGCAUCACUUUUUCAUUCCGCACUGUAUCGUUCGAUUAGGUACAAUUGAUCCUGAGCUUAACCCCACUAGUAGCCAAACCAACUUAUUGCUGCGCCUGCUCAGUGUUGUAUUUCUUUGACUCUUAGCCUGUCCUCUAUUUCUUUAUUUCCGCUAUCUCUUCCUCAUUCCGUUUUCCCUAUCCCCUCUUCCAUUCCGGCCGAAAUCCACGAAUGACUUAUAUAAGCCUAUCAAAUUUCCACGGUGUAGCCAGGAAAUCCCCCUCACCAUGACUUCGACCGCACCUCGACCUCGCGGCCCUUAUCAACGAGACGUAUGCGCGGAGUGCAGAAAAGGAAGGAUCAGAUGUUCGCCGCGCGAUCCAAGAACGGGCAAGUGCAAAAAUUGCGCGCAUCUUUUAUUAAUUCAUGACCAAAGCACGAAUUCCAGUUCAAGGGCACUCGACCUGGUCCCUGUCCUUCGAGACAUCGUGAAAGAUGUGCUACACGACAUCGAGCUUGACAAGAGCAUCGAAUGGGCGGUCGAGUUCUUUGAAGCCAGGGCGGCUCGAUUGGGACCUUUCCGUUCUGACCCGGUCCGAUUGUGCCACUGGGCGCUAAUUUUGCGGCAGCCCCGUAUACAACAAAUCAUGGGGGAAGAGAACGUUGAGGAGCUCGCGUCCGCUGCGUUCGGAAUAUGGUUUGUUGAGGCCAAGACGCCCACAGUGUGGACUCUCCAGGCGACCAUCAUUCUCUUGGAUCAUUUUAAAAUGGCGGGGGACAGUAGAAUGUUGGCGCAACAAAUGAUGGGCGAUCCGUCCUGUUUCGAUCCGUCCGAUAGCCAAGGUCAUACGAUUGAAAAGCUUUCCUCCAUCCUUCGCUUGCGGUUUCCAAGCACCGAUUCUCGCCUGGUUUCAACGAUGGGCCAGGGGACAUCGGACUCGGUGUUGCGCACCGCGCAGAGCAACGUUACAGAACGCAGUGCCCCACCUCGCAUGCUCUUGCAUCACCCUGUCGAUGUUUAUCCUAACGUCCAAUUGACGACCCAAGACGAUGGCUUUGACGCCCCUCCAGACAAACCUCCAGACCAACUUCCCUCGAACGGGACCAUGCUUGAUCCAGCAAGCCAUCUUCGAAGUCUGUCACCAUUGAACUCAUGGCCUCGUUCCUAUGACGACGCUGCAAACAUCUUCGGAUCUCGGCCUCUCUUUCUCCUUGAUCAAAACACCGUGGAUAGUAUUUCUCACGGACAAGCGACCAGCAAUUCCCCAGUGCGGAAUCUGCAGUGGCCAUUUGACGUAUAGAUAUACUACCCAUAUCAAAUGUCAAAUCACACGAGACCUUGAAGCAAAAAAGAUGUCGUGAAUACCUCAUCUGUCGCUUCGAUGUGAUGGGUCUGAGAGGCUUGACCAAUUCCUCUUCAAGACGUGAUAAGAUUUAUACCAUUAGCUAGUUAGGUGGAUAUCAAUCCCCCAAGUGACUUGGAUUGGCCGGAUAUUUGUUCCCUCU